GCAGUCUGGGAAAGUAAGCAAUCAAAAUGGCGGACGUGGGAAGAAAAUCUCAGCUCCGGACCCAAACUUUGUGUUUUUUCUAAGCAAUAAGACCAGUCCAGGUGCAGGAUGCAUGAACUGUUUGCGCAGGUUCUGUCCAAGCGGGACCUGUCCAGGGCAGGGGAUCUCUUCUCCAUAGAGGACAGUGCUAUUGUCAACGACCUAUCAGAGGUGCUGAAGAGGAUACAGGAGAUCUCCUCCCGCCCUGACUACCUGACCAACGACAACGACCAAUCAGUGGUGGAGAUCUGCAUCACCAGGGUUACCACUGCCAUCAGAGAAACUGCUUCCAUCGAGCGCCAUGGGCCUGCGCUGGUGUCCCUGUGGGAAUCGUGCCUUAAGCAUAACCUCAAGCCUCUGUCUCGAGACGAGGACCCGCCUCAUGCCAAGAUUGCCUCAGAUAUCAUGAGUUGUAUCUUCCAGAAUUAUUCCAAACCUUCCAUCAUGAAGCUUGCCGUUCCUGUUGCUGUGAAGUUCCUGCAGCAGGGAAACCGUGAGCUGAGUAGGAACAUGUCCAGUUAUCUGUCCCUCGCUGCCAUAGAGAACGCCGGCCUGCUUGCCAAACACACAAAACACAUCAUCGAUAGUAUCAUAGCAGGAAACAGGUCCCUGAUCAGAGUUCUGCCCCAGAUCUACCAGCAGGCUCCUGAUCCAAUCAACAAGCGCGUACCAGACCUGGUUAGGCAGCUCAAGGAGUGUGAUGGGUCUGAGAGGGGGAAUUUGUUACAGCUGCUCUCAUUGGUUGCAAAGAAGGAGCCCAAACUGAUGAUGCCAUAUGUGAACACCCUGGUGGAUUUCCUCCCCUCCCCGCCCACCACCACACAGGUCCUGCCUGUUCUGGUUGACAUGGCAACAGCCAAUGCCACACCCUUUGUGGGCAUGCUGGGAUCCCUGCAGAAGACGGCGGAACAGCAGCCCAUGUGUCUGAGCGGGGUGGCCAGGAUCGUAGGUGCCAUCGGGAGAACGGACGAGGCUGAAGCCAAGGACUGCUUAGUUUACCUCGUUCAGCAGCUGUCUAAUGCAGACCACAGUUCCUUGCCAGUACUGUUGGGGGAGAUCAAGACUCUGGUAGACCGGAACCCAAACCAGCUGACCGAUCACAUCAAGGAGAUCAACAGAUACAAUGACUCGUCCUCCAGCGCUGCCAGGCUUAUUGUUCAACAGCUGCAGCAACAAGCAGCUAGAAGUUGUGGGAGCACCCCAACUCCAGAUGGGGCCAUAGACAAGGAAGCUCCCAGUCCUGCCACAAGUCCAACACCUCAAGCUGUCCAAACUACUGACGGCAAACUGGCAACCACCUCCCCAUCCUCUGUCCCCACCACAACCCCUACCCAGACCUCUCCCCCUCAUGAAAGUAAAUCACCUGCCUCCCUCACUACUACUACCUCCACCUCCGCCACUCCUACUAAAAGACACAGUGGGACCAAGUCACAUAGUAACCCCAACCUCAUCCCCAGCCCCAGUAUUAGAAACACUGCCAUCAGACAACCUCGCCCUGUGUCAUUGGAACAGUCCAUUCCAUCCUCCUCCUCCUCCAGUAAAGCAGUGAAGAGAUUCAGCUCCCCCACUCCUACAAAUGGAAUGAUCCACACUGCUGCAGUACCGUCGCUGUCCACACAGGGGCUCUCCACUUCCACCGGCUCCAUUAAGACCACCGCAACGCGAACAUCGACGACAUCCACACAGACCACGACAUCGAACCCUAACCUUGUUCCGUCCCCGCCGAAAACGCUUCCCGUCAGCGCCAGUUCCACGUCGUCGCACUUGGCGGCGUCGUUGCCGGGGCCGAGCGCCAUGGUGAUGACCUCUGGCCCCGGCAGUACCAGCAGCUUACCGUACAGAUCCAAGGAGAGGCCGCGAUCAGCCGCAUCACUUGAAGGGGUGAGUUCGAAUACUCCCCUCAAAAAACAGAAGAGAAUAUCCCUCAGCAGCGAUGUCAUCAUCAAGAGGAUGACCCCUGACCCCGCCCCAAGUGGUGUCAGGGCAAAGGUCAUCAGCAGAAAGAAGGCGGCGACUGAAAAAAUCCGCAACACGGAGAAGCGGAAAAGCCUGGCAGACCAGAUCAAGGGAAUCAUCAACUUUGGGGACAGUUCGGACAAGUCAGAGAGAGGCUCUAGUGAAACCCUUACCAAGACCAAUGAUGAAAUGGAUGCCCUUCAAGACUGGUCCAAGGGCAAAAUGGAGGACAUCAAGGACUACAUGUCAGAGGUCAACUGCCGAGUACCUAUCCCAUGUUCCUGUGCAAUAGAAGAUACAAAAAGCGGCUCCUUAGCCCGACUAGGUUUUAUGUGUGCAAAGAAGGAUGAGCAUUGUCUGUACUCCAGAACACAGUUCAUCACCAUGAGCAGACAUCCCAAACUCUGGCUACAUCUUAUGUUCCUGCACAUACAGGCAAAGGAAAGAAAUGCCCUCUCUAAGCAGGACGCGAGAAUACAGUCCUUACUGACCCAGUGGGAGAGAAUCAAGAGAAGAGGGGUGCUGACACUGGAGGGACACAUCAUGCAGUCAGACUUCCCUUCAGAAAGGGACCAAGAGAUGUUACAUGGCCAGCUUGACGAGGUUCGCUUCUUUGACCUGUUUUCUUACGACCAAUCAGAGGACAACUGGGAGUGUUUCAUGUGCAGCAAUCCUGACAAGGCUACAGGCCUUCUACAGGAGGGCCAGCCACUCAUUGAAGGUCAGCUGAAGGAGAAGAAGGUUCGUUGGAAGUUCAUCCGGCGCUGGAGAACCAGGUACUUCACCUUAGCCGGCGCACAGCUGGUGCAGAAGUCCAGAUCGAAAAAGGAUGCCUUACCAAUCGAACUCAGCAAAGUCCAGAGUGUCAAGGUGGUAAGGAAGAGGGAUCGCAACAUCCCGCGAGCCUUCGAAAUCUUCACUGACAACAAAACGUAUGUCUUCAAGGCUAAGGAUAGUAAGAAUGCUGAACAGUGGUUACAGUGUAUCAACAUCGCGGUGGCACAGGCCAAGGAGUCCACGGCAUGAUGGGAUAGAUUUGCAAGGUAUUGUGGGAAGUGUAAGGGGUUGGUAUGAGAAAUUGAAUGCUUUUAACAGUCAUGCAUAUAAAAGAGAAGGACUUGUUGUGAUGAUGGAGGUUUAAGAGAAGGUGAGAUGUGUGUUUUAAAGACAUUUUAGAAGGAGGAGGAAAAUUGCGUCUGAAUGGGCAAGACAGGAAUCUGAAGACUGUGAAAAAGACUACUUAUUAUGAUUGGUGAGAAGGAAUAGCUUUACUCAGAAGUGUGGCAAGACAAGCUGAAGAUUCAUGAGACAAGACAAAGGUGCCAGUUACAAGCUUCCUAUAGUCAAUGGUCAAGAAAUCAAAUUUAUGGAGAUAUUUGGUAAAGAUGGAACCAGUAAGAAUGAUAAGUAUUAUAGCAAAGCAGCAAACAUGGUGUUACAUGUAUCCGUGCUUUUAAUAUAUUACUAGUAAUUAUUCUUUGGGACGAAAGGCUGUUUUUCAGUCCAUUUUCUGGGGCUUGGUUGAUAAUCGUUUUUCGAUCCUUCUGUGCUAAUGUGCACCAUUGUGGUGACCGUGGAUGGUGUACAAAUGUAUGUGCUUAGAAACCAGCUGCCUUUUACUCUAUUGUUGCAACUCAAAGAAAUUUAAAAACAAAUUGUUGUUCUUAACUUUUUCCUUUAAAGGUAGCAAUUGAUCGAUGUGUAGAGGAAGAUUUAUUGUUGAACACCAUACGUAUGUAGAAUGUUAUUAAAAUUCAGUAACUUUUAGAACUGAUUGUCACAACCAGCACAAUAUUGCUACAAAGUGCUGCAAGUUCAUUCCACUGAUCAUUGAUAAAAACAAAAGAACAUUGUAUUUGCUAAUUUACAUGUAAUAAUCAUAAGUACUGUUACAGUACAUCUUCUCAUUCCAGAAAUUGUUUAUCAUGAUCAAAUUCAUUCCAUGCCAAGUGCUCUUAAAGUUACAGCUGCUAGUUUGACUUGCAGAAUAUAUCCUGUGCUGCCUAAUCAAGUGCUGUGUUAUAAGUGCUAUCUAUUGACCAAAGUAAGCCAUUUUACUAUGCAAUCAACUGAUCUUGCUUGUGAUUAGCUUUAGAAUGGUGUUAGGAAAAGGGAGACACAUGUAACUGCAUGUGCAGUUGCUGAUGUAUUGAACUUCAGUUGAAGUAGUAGAACGUACAUUGAAUGCUUAAAUUACACCGAAAUUGUGUAUUCCGGCCCCAUGUUAACCAUUAGCAGCCUAGCUGUUCUGGAGCAGCUAAAUUUGUCCAGAUACACUCUCAGCUCCAUAUGGUUAAGGGUCCAACUUGGUACUUGUUUUCAGGAUGAAUUGCCCACACAAUGUCUUAUUUGUGAAUGCAUUUAGUCCAUGAAAAAAAGUCCUUUAUGCAAGGAAACAUUUUACUUGCCCCAUGCAUGUAGGAUAUUGGGAUUGUCUUUUACACAACUAGUAAAGAUUCUCACCUCAUUUCUAUUAGACACCUUCCUCCGAGCUUCUGACUGGAGUUCUGCUACUUGCCGCUAUAUUUAGCCAGUGUAGGUGGCGCUUUUGCAGUGAGAACCCAAUCCCAAACAUGGCUGAGUUUGCAUGACUGUAUGAAUGCAUGUAGUUUGAGAAUUGUCUUAUGCCAUAGCCGUUGUGCCUUCUGGGUGUUAAAUGUAUCAUAUUGUGCAAAUUUACAAGGAAGUAUUGUAAUUUAGCAGUUAUUUGGAAUGGGAUUUUUAUACUGCCAAUGUCUGCAUCUUUCCUCAAAGCUGAAGGAAUUCAUGAUCAGAAGUGAUAGCCACUUUCAAUUGUAUCAACCAAUUCUUUGACACGUGAUUUUACUGAAAAAAAAAAGCCAUUUCGAAAAAGAAUUAUACUAUACAGAGCCAUGCAAAUAUGUCAGCAUUUGGAUAUUUUAUGCACAAGUCAUGGCACUAAGAACAAUGUAAAAGUUUAUGAAAUGAAGUCUAAAAAUCUGUACUUUACAAUGUUGUAAAGAAACUUUGUAAACCUAGAUUAAACCAUGUUUGGCCCUUGGGUAUGCCAUCACCAAAUCUGACUGUUACCCAUACUUUAACAUGUUACUAAGUGCAUUACAUUGCCAGCAAUUUUCUGUAGAGAUUGAUAUUAAAGGUUAAUAGCAAUAAUAGCAAUAUUCAAACUGUCAUGCACUUUUAACUAUAAACAACAGGUUACUAUUAGAACAAGACUAAACUUAGACAAGUGCAAAUAUUCCAUGCAAUUGUGGAUUGUUGAACUUUGGGUUACGUAUAUGUUGUUAGUGGUGAAGCUAUUUGUAAAUAUUGUACACAGUCGAUAUCUUGCCAAGUAAGCCUUUCCCACCAAUAAUAGCCAAGACACGACAAAAGCAAUAAUAUUCCAGGUAAAAUUUGAUACAUUCCUCUUUUUCUUUUGUCUUUCGAUAUUACUUUCAUGUACAUAACAAUAUCCCCUUAACAGUAUUCAGAGCAAAGAAGAAAAAUUUGAUUUUAAUUUCCGAACAAAUUCCACCUUUCACCAUAAUUUCUUUAUAUAUAUGUUUCUUUCAGUAUGCUUAAUAUGCUUUAGAAUUUCAGUUGCAUUGAUUAGUUGCUUAUUAUAAUAAGU